AUGGGCUCCAUGCCGGGGAGGGCCAUGGAGACUGACUGGACUUCGGCCCAGGAGUGCACCUUGGAGAACUCCCAGUGCCGCACCCGAUCCGAGGCCGCACCCAGCCUGCUGACCACGCCUCCGUCCCCGUGGCUCUCGGCGGCGGGGCGCGCGCGGCGGGCCGGGCCGGGCCGAACAAGCCUCCGACGCGCGGCGCCCGCAUCCUCCCGCACCUGCGGCACGCGGGACGGUGAUGCCCACCCCCGCCGCCGCGAGGAUGCCCGGGCGGGGCGGGGGCGCCGGUGCCAGGUGACCGGGUGGGAGGCGGGGCACCUGUGCUUGACCCGGGCGCCGCUGCUCCCUCCUGCGGGGACGGGGAUGCUCUGGCUGGAACCACCUGCCCUGCGCCUGGUGGUGGGCAGAGUCAUGGGAGAAGGGCAUGGCUCUAGUGAGGCUACCAGGUUUUCUGAUGUCACAAACCGCCUGGCCUUUCCCCCUUUCCCUGGCGGCGGUUCCAAGGUGGGGGUUAGUGGGGGUCCUCGGCGGCCGCGGCGAACCAGGCGGCGGCCCGAGCGCAGCCCCGGGGACCCCCCGCACGGCGACGGCGGCGGCGGCGGGCGGCGACAGCGACAGCGGCGAGGGGACGCGGCGCGCCCGCGAGUGGGCGCCGACGGGGACCCCGCGGGCGGCCCGCCACGGGCGCUCGCCCUCCUGGACGCUCCAGAGGGCCCCCGGACCUCGGCCGACUGA